ACGGCAGCACAGGGGUGAGCUGUGUGAGCCUUGAACAAAGCUAAGUGAAGCAUUCAUAAACUUACAUAUAUACAUAUAUAUAUAGAUAGACAGAGAGACUCUUGCAGGCUCCAUGCUUGGGAGAUGAAACUUGGGUGUGGUGGUCGUCGAUGAUGGCGGGGGAGCUCGCGCUUGCCGCCCUGGCGAUCCUGCUGGCCUCGCUCCUGGCCCUGGUGCUGAGCCACUUCCUGCCCUUGCUCCUGAAACCCAAGGCCCCCCGGGGCAGCUUCGGGUGGCCGCUCGUCGGUGAGACGCUCAGGUUCCUCGCGCCCCAUGCUUCCAACACGCUGGGCGGCUUCCUGGAGGAUCACUGCGCCAGGUAUGGGCGGGUGUUCAAGUCCCACUUGUUCUGCACCCCCACGGUGGUGUCCUGCGACCAGGACCUCAACCACUUCAUCCUGCAGAACGAGGAGCGGCUGUUCCAGUGCAGCUACCCCAGGCCGAUCCAUGGCAUCCUGGGCAAGUCCUCCAUGCUCGUGGUCCUGGGAGAGGACCACAAGCGCCUCAGGAACCUCGCCCUCGCCCUCGUCACCUCCACCAAGCUCAAGCCCAGCUACCUCGGCGACAUCGAGAAGAUCGCGCUGCACGUCGUCGGCUCGUGGCGCCAGCAGGCGGCCGAGGGCAGCAAGGAGGACAGCGGCGGCGGCAGGGUCGUCGCCUUCUGCGAGGAGGCAAGGAAGUUUGCGUUCAGUGUGAUUGUGAAGCAGGUGCUGGGGCUGUCACCAGAGGAGCCGGUUACUGCCAGGAUACUGGAGGACUUCCUGGCCUUCAUGAAGGGCCUCAUCUCCUUCCCUCUCUACAUCCCAGGGACCCCAUAUGCCAAGGCUGUCCAGGCCAGAGAGAGGAUAUCCAGCACUGUGAAGGGCAUCAUCGAGGAGCGGAGGAGCCCAGGGUCAUGCAAGAAGGGCGAUUUCCUUGACGUGCUCCUGUCAAGCAAUGAGCUCUCCGAUGAGGAGAAAGUGAGCUUUGUGCUGGACUCCCUGCUUGGAGGGUACGAGACCACCUCGCUCUUGAUCUCCAUGGUCGUGUAUUUUCUUGGACAGUCCGCGGACGAUCUGGACCUGGUCAAGAGGGAGCACGACAGCAUAAGAUCCAACAAAGGGAAGGAGGAGAGCUUGACUUCAGAAGACUACAAGAAGAUGGAAUAUACCCAACAUGUUAUCAACGAGGCUCUGAGAUGCGGCAACAUCGUCAAGUUCGUCCACAGGAAGGCCCUCAAAGAUGUCAGAUACAAAGAGUAUCUGAUUCCAUCUGGCUGGAAGGUCCUACCCGUCUUCAGUGCUGUUCAUCUGAACCCCUCGCUUCAUGGAAAUGCCCAUCAUUUUCAGCCCUGUAGAUGGGAGGGCUCAAGCCAAGGGACAAGCAAGAGGUUUACGCCGUUCGGUGGCGGGCCCCGGCUCUGCCCAGGAUCAGAGCUUGCCAAAGUAGAGGCUGCUUUCUUUCUCCAUCACCUUGUGCUCAAUUAUAGAUGGAGAAUCGAUGGCGAUGACAUUCCGAUGGCAUACCCGUAUGUGGAGUUCCAGAGAGGUCUGCCCGUAGAAAUCGAGCCAAUCUGCCCUGAAACUUGACUGGCCUGAAGGCCCGGUCAUGGCGAGUUCAUCAGUUAGAAAGUACCUGCACGAGAACAUCCAUGUCCAUGAACGGCGUGGAGUUUCAUGAAGUGAAGAAACACUGGGCACUAGCUUGUAAGUAGCUAGCAUGAGGCAGCUGAGACUUGUGAUUUAUGAUGUACAUGAUGUAGAUAUAUUUUGUCCAUGGCAAUUGCUCGAGGUGGUUGGUUCACUUCACCCUGUAACAUUCUCCACCGUGAGCUCAACUACUAUUCUAUACGAGAAUAUUGGGCUCCUGGGAUUCGGAAGGCUUUGGCUUAUCACUUGGGAGCUUUUAGGACUUGAUUAGAUAUGACUACACUGAACUUUGGAGAGCGUUUCCCGGUUACCUCAUUUGAAUUUGGUCGAGCAGUCGCUUCAGGCUGUCAAUCUUCAGAGCAGAGGAUGAGAGGAGACAGACGAUAAGGUGUCUUUGGAGCUUGACGUACUGCACGAGAGUGGCUAUCCAGAUUUGCCAUCUUGACCGCCCAGCAGUUCUGGAGCUUGACUGAAGUCUGAACUUUGAGAUAACUCACUGUGGCUAUUUUCUAUGCAAAAUUCAGACUGCGUAUAACUCUGUUAUCCUUAUUGCUCUUUUAUGCCGCUGGCCCUCAUGUUCUGACUCUUAUCAUAUAGUCAUGUUAUGUCAUAUGAAAGAUGUUUUUUAUCAGAUUAUAUAUGACCCAAAGGGUUUCCU